AUGGAAGACAUUAAACUGAAUGACUUUGGUCAGGAUUACGACUGGGAUACCUGGGACGAUGGUUACGAGGAAACAAAUCUCGACAACGACGACUUGUACGAAACAGGAUUGGAAGAUCUGGAUAGACAAGACGAUGAAUUAUGGAUGGCGAAUUUUAAGAGGGACAAUGAGGGUGAUACAUCUACAAAAAGAAAAAGAGAAACUAAUUUUUUGUAUACGACCGGAUCGUCUGUCAACCUGAAAGCAGAAUAUAUGAAAAAACCUUUCGCGGAAGAUUAUAGAUUAGAUCCGAACGACGGACCGAAUUCAAAAGAUAUAUUUUUCCGACUGGAUGUUGUCGAUAAAUACUGGCUGACGUUCGACCAUGUCAAAGUUGCAUUUAUCGAUAGAAAUGGAUUUUUUUUAUUAUCGAAAAAUACAUCGAACGUACAGAGUCAACUGAAUUUUAGGACCGCGUUCGAAAAGGCAACGGAAGAACAUAAAGGAACAUUAAAUAGUAUCGUGGAAGAAGUUCCGGAUGGUGAUGGAAAUAUCAUCGAUGCUAUUUCCGACGAUGUUCGCGACGAAAUACAUCGCGAAAAUAUCGACGACGACAUUGAUCCGCCAAAAUGGCGGACAGUUCUAAUUUUGUGAGCUCUACAAAAUUCCAUCAAAAUAUCCCGAAAAUAUGGAACGCUAAAGAAAUUUGUAAUCAUAUAGCUUCUUCCAACUUAAGUUAUGAUAGUAAACGAAUUAAAUGGAUCGGAACUUUUGAUAUAUUGCAGAAAUUUGUCGAAUGCGAUCUUAAAUUGGAUGGCAAAUGGUCUUCGCCAGGCGGUUGUUCGAAAAAGUUUACGUGCUAUAAUCUAGAUAUAUCAAUAACUUGGUACCCCAAGAAACUAAAUACACUCGUAUUUCACGGUGAGGAAAGCUCGGGUUUGGUUGACGCGUUAAUAAAUGUGUGUGCGGAGGCAAUCUCUGAAGACGACGGUUUAUCAAACAAUGUAUGUAUGUCGGCCAAACAUGGUUCGAUUGCAACUAUAAACUCAGCUGUUGACGAACCUGAACAGAUGUCUAAUCACUGUAUUAAGGACUUUGAACGAACUGAUAAUCAUCAAAAGGUCAGUAUAGAGCAUGAUUUCAAACUUGGCUGUCAGUGUAGAAUUUUAGCUGCUGAUUUGGAGGGAGUUAAGCUCGAUAUAGCAAUCAUGUGCAGGGACAUAGAAACUAAGUUUCUUGCAGCUUACAAUUCACAGGAUAGUGAUAGUGAACAAAUAAGUGAACUUAAACACGAGCUUCUUAAGGAAAAGGAAAAAUGUAGUCAGUUGGAGGCUGAUAUAUCUAUUUUGGUUCGAGGAAGGAAUAGGGAGAUAAACGAAUUAAAAAAUACCAUUACCUGUCUCGAAAACAAACUUAAAUCAAGCGAUGCGAUAAAUGAAUCCCUAAGACAAUCGCUAAUGCAAAUUAAUUCAGAAAAAUUCAAUGGUGUAUUGAAUGCCGAACAUAGCCUGUCAAACCAACCUGAACAAAUUAAUACUUAUAACUGCAUCAUAGACACAGGUGAACCUUUUAUUCCCGAAACAGUCAGCUUUGAAAGCUCCCUUGAUAAUUCAUGUUUAAUUGUCCAACCAGCAAGUUGUAAUAGAACCAACAGUAAACUCGACAACAAAUGUGAAAUUGACAAGGUGAAGUUAACGGAGCAUAAUAUGAAUAACGACAAAAUCAGUAAAGCUAAGGUCUCGCGAAGUUACUCUCGACGAAUCAUAAUUCUCACCCUUAUUGUGAGCCAUUGUCGCUGAAGUCGCUUGGAAACUUGCCUCUUAUCGAAAUAUCCAAGCCAUUUAUAACUCAGAAGAAGGAAACCUUUUUAGAAAACCCAUCAAAUAUAUUGAAUGAUAAUACAACGAGCGCUGAGACAGUUACUCAGCAUGUGUGCAUUGGCCAAAUACCAGCUGAUAUCUCUGAAUUUAUUGUCUUAGACGGUGACGAAUGCGUGUCUGAGUGUGACAAUGCUAAUAACUGUCCUUUUCGGCUGAGCUUUUUGGAGCGUCCCCCACCCUUGCCUCAUGUUCGAGGGGCGGAAUGGUUGGCGCAUUUAGAUCUUGUUCGCCGGCUGACGACAAAGUAAAUUCUAAAGAGGGUGGGAGAGAAUCACAUGAAUCCUCACUGCCUACCCCCCGUUGUUUUAACACAUCCAACCCCCUUACCCAUUUUCAACCUAUACCCGUUAGGAUUACCUCUAGAAAAGGACUAAAACUAAAUUAUUUUGAGAGAUCGAUCAGGAACAAUUUAAUACGUAUCCCUCUAGUGGAUUCACAAGAUAUACCAAAUUCUAACAAUGAACGAAGGUUACCGAACGUUUUGAUCCUAAAUACAAGGUCUCUAACUAGUAAAACGGACGAGCUUGCAAACUUAGUGGAACUAUAUAAAUCCAACCUGGUGUUUGUCACCGAAACAUGGCUGUGUGAUAAAAUCCCGGACGAGGCUAUUCAACUGCCGGGUAUGACAUCUAUAAGGAAAGAUAGAAUCGGUCGCAGAGGUGGCGGUGUAGUCCUUUAUAUUUCCAAUAGCAUCCCCACCAAAACACGACACGAUUUUUCUCAAAUCACCUUUCGAAUGCCUCUGGGCUAUCCUUCGACCAACUUGGCUACCUAGAUGUAUUUCUCGAAUAGCAGUAGCUGUGGUUUAUUUGCCACCAUCAACGAUAUCUGAAGACGUAGAACGCUUUUAUGACUAUUUUUGCAGCUGUUAUGACAUAUUGAUCUCGGAAAGUCCUAGCACAUCCUUUAUUAUAGCAGGAGAUUUUAACCCUACCAGCAACGGAGUUCGUCCCGCCAAAUUCGUCAGGUAUAGCAAAUUGAACUGACAAAUUAUUAAGAAUCCUACAAGAGGAUCAAACACUCUCGACCUAUUAUUUACAGAUACAUCUACAUUUUUCGAGACCCCAAAAAUUCUUGCCCCAAUUGCAACGUCAGAUCAUGCAACUAUCCUAUUAGAUGCCAAAGUUCAUGUAACUCGAAAAAACGCCAUAAGAAAAGUCAAGGUUAGACCAUUAAAACAAUCGUCUCUACAAGGCUUCGAAGAAUACCUAAAACACUAUGACUGGUUGCCAGUUUUUCUGAAAAUAACGUAGAUAACAAGGUCGAUAGUUUUUUGCAAAUAACCCAUAACAUUAUUGACUUUUAUUUUCCGACAAAGAUAAUUAAAGCACAUGAUGAAGACAAACCCUUCAUAACUGGAAAAAUUAAAAGUUUGAUUAGUAAGCGAAACAAAGCCUACAUGAGCGGUAAAUACAUUCUCUUCAAGACUAUUCGAAACCAAAUUGUAUCGGAGAUUCGCGUGAGCAAAAGAAAAUUUUAUGAAGAAAAAAUCCUCCCAACUUAUCGACAAAAUCCUAAAAUAUGGUGGAAUAACAUAAACAAUAUCGUUGGAAAGAAGAGAAAUACCUCACCAACGCUUUUUGACCCCAUCUCCGAACUACCAAUGAAUAAUAAGCAAACGGCUGAUCACAUAAAUUCAUUCUUCUCAACUCUUACAAACGACUUCUCGGAAGUACGGGGAGAUUGGCUAUCACGGGGUGAACUAGACCCUCUCCCAACAAUUACUGAUGAAAAUGUUGCAAAAAGACUGAGUGAUCUUACCGUCGGGAAGGCAGCCGGUCCAUACGACCCAUACAUGAAAUUGAUCAAGAUGUUCGCGAAAUAUUUUGCUAUCCCUUUGGCCGAUAUAUACAACGAAUCAUUCAUGUCAAGAAUAUUUCCCCAAAUUUGGAAAUUUUACACAGUCUGCGCGAUUCCGAAGAUUACGCCUUGUUCGAAUGUUGAAGACCUGCGUCCAAUCUCUCUCACUAGUGUCCUAUCCAAGGUUCAAGAGUCGUAUGUGGUUGAGUGGGUACGUGAAGAUAUAAAAGGAAAAGUGAGCGAAGCUCAAUUUGGAGAACUGCCAGGUUUUUCGGCAGUCUUAGCACUUGUCUGUCUUGCACACAACUGGUAUUCGGCUAUGGAGAACCAUGGGAAUGUGGUGAGAAUAAUUUUCCUGGAUUUUCGAAAAGCGUUCGACCUAAUUGACCACAAUAAGUUACUCCAGAACUUCGAGAAAAUAGGUGUUAGACCAGCAUUGCUAGCUUGGCUCGGGUCAUACCUCCAAGGCAGAUCGCAAGUUACAAAAGUCGGAAACACUUUCUCCGACCCUGCAUAUAUUAAAGGUGGGGUGCCACAAGGUAGUAAAAUCGGUCCCUUAGCCUUCAUAGUUCAUAUAAACGAUCUCCCAUCAGUGGUUCAGUCAUCUGAUGAUAACAGUGAUACUGUUUCAAUGUUUAUGGAUGACACUACCAUGUCUGAAGUUCUUAAACGUUUCCGAUCAUAUCUCUGGAGAAUCGAUCGGCAACUCCCAACGUAAUUUGGAGAGAGUAUUACAAUUUACGAACGACGAAAAUAUGCAACUGAAUUUUAAAAAAUGCAAAGAAAUGCACAUCGACUUUCGUAAGAAUAAAACGGUUAUACCCCCAACUACAUUAGGGGAGCAGUCUCUCACUAAAGUAAGAUCGUACAAGCUACUGGGUAUCUGGUUCGACGAUGACCUUAAAUGGAAAACGAACACUGAGUACAUCACAAAAAAGGCAGCUAAGAGACUAUACUUUAUGAAGAUUCUAAAGAGUUAUAAUGCGCCAAAAGAAGCUCUGAAGACUUUCUACGUAGAAGUAGUGAGAUCAGUUUUGGAAUAUGGCGCCCAAGUUUGGAACGGCGGGUUGACAAUGGAGCAAAGCGAAGAUAUCGAGCGAAUCCAGAAAAGAGCGUUAAGGAUAAUUUAUCCGGAACUAAAAUACCAUGAAGCACUAAUGGAAUCGAACCUCAAAACGCUAACCGACCGACGCGAUGACAUGUGUGUCCAACUUAUUAAGGAUAUGUCAAACCCGAAUCAUAAACUUAACCACCUCUUACCAAAGAAAACUUCCCAAAUAAAGCAACGAGAAACGAGAAUGAAUGAGUAUGAGAAUGAAUAUAACUUUGCAUGUAAAACAGAACGUUUUAAACAUAGUCCAAUUGUAUAUGCAAUUGGCAAAUAUAAUCUUUAUAUUGCUAAGUAAGCAUGAGGGUUUAUAUAUUUUAGUGAGUAAUAACUAACAUAAUAUAAUUCUAUCUGUAAAUAUGACAAUAGUUUUAAGACUUUAUACAUUGAACUAGCUUUAGUAAAGUAGAGACCAUAGUAUUAAUACUUUUUACAUUACAUUUUAUCAUUGUAAAAGUUCUAUCACUGUAAACAUCACUGUAUUUUAGCUCAUCAAGCUAUUUAGUGAAUGUAAUAAACCAUUAUUAAUUAUUAUUAUUAAAUAUCACCGGUGUGACAUCACAUCGCAUAAUGACAUUUUGAAAACGCAAUAUUUUACCUUGACAAAAUAUUUUUAAAAACAAAUACAGAGGGUUAAUUACCAGUUAUGAAAUAAAUACAUGUACAAGGGCAAUUUUUAAGUUUCUAAGAUACGUAUUCGUCAAGAAAACUAUACUUUUCAGAAAACUCAUUAUGCGAUGUGAUGUCACACCGGUGAUAUUUGCAUACGAAACAAAGUUGAAUAUCUUGAAAAGGAAGCAAGUUACGAAAAUUCUAUAAAAUAAAUUAUUAAGUCAUUUUAAGUGAUCUUUACGAUGCAACCAUAAACAUUUGGGGUGAAAUUUCAUGUCAUAGGCACUUUAAACCUACGUUGGAAUUAGACAGUGAACAGUACGUUGAGUAUUUUGUAAGAAGUACAACUAUCCUUCACUGUCGAAUGGCUUUGCGAAGACGUUUAUGAAUAUAUAGCAACUCUCAAUUUGGUAGUUACUGCAGUCGGAGAAGAGCAAUCUCAAAUUAAGAGAAUCAAUGGUGGAAUUACGCAAGGAAGUGCAUUGGGUUCACUUAUCGUUUGUGAUCAAGAUAAAUCAGCUACCACAAGCUACUUUGGGCGACGUGAUGAACGAUACGACCCUAUCUCGGAAGUUACAGAAAUAGUUCAUGAUGAAGACGGUUGGUUGAUAACGUUGAUUGACAACACUCGACAUAAUAUUGAUAGUAUAUUGGCAUUUACAGAAGAGGAAAUAUUGCAAAUGAAUGGAAAAAAUGUAAGGAAAUGCUCAGUGAUAGACUUUAGGAAAAAGAAGACUACAAUAAUUCCUUCCACAACCAUUGGCAACUGUCCCAUCUCAGGAGUGGGUCACAGAAGCUCUUAG